AUGCUGCGUUGUGUAUCGAGAAGUCUGUGGUACCAGUUCAAGGACCUCAAAAGUAAGACCAUUCUCGAAAAGCUCCGAAACAGAAAGCUUCAGCAAGGUGUCCACCCCUCUGACUUGAAUAUGGAGGAGCUAGCAAAGGAAAGCGGCAUUGCGCCGCCAAGUAGUGUCAGUGUGCAGGAAUUCAUGCACGAGAAGGAGGCAGUGCUAGAGAUGCUACAGGAGCAGCGACUGCGUCGCAUAGCCAGGCGCGAAGCGUUCCUGGAGUGGCAGGCCGGGCAGCGCGAGAAAGGCGCCGCUCACAGGCUUGUUCGCCAAUCACGAAAAGCAGAGAAGUAUAAGCGCCGCCACUACCAUGCCACGAGUGGGCGAAUGCUGCCGCUCUCUGUUUCUCCUGGCGAAGCACUGCCAGAACGUCACACGACCACGUCAGUACCAAAGGCCUGCGUAUCAUCGACCGAGUUUCUACGGGGAGGUUCAGGAGAAAAGUAUCACGCAAUACACCUCUCUUUGGGGAAAAAGUGA